UCUGUGACAGCGCAAAGUAGGAAUGGCGGCGAUGGUCACUAGAGGAAGGAACCCAAAGAGCCCGAAACUUUACUUCUAACGGGCCCACCGAGGAUUUGAACCCUGACGAAACGCACGAAUCACUUGCUUGUAGCGGACGAAAGGCGGCGUCUUUUGACGUGAGAUACUUGGGGUCGACUUGCACGCUUAGCUUGCCAUUACUAGUGCCGCCGAGUUAGAUUGAAGGUAGCUGCUAGCCAGCUGUUGGCUCCUUUGCCUGGCUGGCCCAACAAGUUAACUUAAGUGGAGAACUGUAUAAAAGCAUUUCAUCGUUAAAUGGUAAUCGUCUAUCUUGAGCAACAACUAGUGUUUUGCGACGAUAGAGAGAUAGAGAGCGAGAGAGAGAGAGAGAGGGGCGUCGCGGGACAGCACUUUGUCAUUGCGACUUGAGAACAUAAUUAGCGCUCAUUUUAACGCUAGCUGCGAAGCUAGCUAAGUUGUGAUCCUGAAGUCUCGUCCAUUUUUCGGAUCGUGCCCCAGCGACUGGCUCCGGGGCUAAUCGACACCCCGUUCGUCUGCUUUUAAGGUGGCAUCAGCAGUACGAUGGAAAGUCUAACGUUGAGUGAUGUCGAGCAGAAAUAUUACUCGGAUUUGUUCGUUUACUGCGACACGGACAACACCAAGAAAGUGGCUUCUUACGGGAGAGUUCUUGACCUUUUCCGGGCGGCCCAGCUACCUAGCGAAGUUGUCAUACAGAUCACAGAGUUGUGUGGAGCCACUCGGCUGGGUCACUUUGGACGGAGCCAGUUCUACAUCGCCCUAAAACUGAUUGCCAUCGCCCAGUCGGGCCUGCCUCUUAGAGUGGAAAGCCUCAACUCAGUCAAGGACCUGCCACUGCCCAGAUUUGUGGUGGGGAAGAAUGAGGCAGAGGCAAGGCACGUGGCGCUAUACCAGGACCCGGACAGUCAGGGCUUAUACCCCGCCUCUGCCGCCGCGUUAAUACCAAGACCGCCAGGCAGGGGACACCAGAACAAGAAAGCCCCCCCCUCAGCCAGCGCACAUCCUGUCCAUGAGGCAGUUCAGCCCACAGCACCGAGCAUAGAAACACAGCAGGGAGAACCGACAUCGCCCGUGGUCUCCCCUCACCAGUCCCCUCCCACCUCCCCACCUUCCUGGAGGAAACACAAGCGGCAGCACAGUGGCGGAAACACAGACAGACAACCAGUGGUGGCACCGACCGGAGUCGUGUGGACGCAGUUCCGGGAAUCUCAAACUGCUCCUGUGGCAGGUGAUGGGAUGUGGCUGUCACACUCGCCCCCUCUUCCAGGUCAGGAAAGUUGGGUCAGUUUCACAGCUGACACGCCGCCAUCAAGCACACUCCCGGGGGUGCACCCCCCAUCCGUACAGGAAAGCACAACGAUACGAACAACGAUGGCCUCGGCAGCAGCAGCGACCAAUGAGAUCCAGCGGCAGUCCAGUGGCUAUGAUGAUCCCUGGAAGAUCACAGACGAACAGAGACAGUAUUAUAUCAACCAGUUCAAAACCAUUCAACCUGACCUUACUGGUUUCAUACCAGGUUCAGCGGCAAAAGAGUUCUUCACCAAGUCCAAAUUGCCCAUUUUAGAGUUGUCACAUAUUUGGGAGCUUUCAGACUUCGACAAAGAUGGCGCGCUAACCCUGGAUGAAUUCUGCGCUGCAUUCCACUUGGUGGUAGCCAGGAAGAAUGGCUAUGACCUCCCCGAGAAGCUGCCUGAGAGCUUAAUGCCAAAGCUGAUUGACCUAGAUGACUCAGCAGAGGUUCCAGAGCAGACAGCUGAUGUUGGGUUCUCGGCCUCCCCUGUUGAGGUGACUCCCAACAAGUCUCCCUCCAUGCCCUCGCUCAACCAGGCUUGGCCGGAGAUGAACCAGAGCAAUGAGGACACAGCCAUCGUCCACCCCGUUCCCAUCCGGAUGACCCCCAGUAAAAUCCACAUGCAGGAAAUGGAACUGAAGAGGACUGGCAGCGAUCACAACCAUCCGACCAGUCCAUUACUGGCGAAACCACCAGAAGUGUCCGAAGAAGCCAAACUACCCGCCACCAUGAAGUUUGUACCAGCAAAUGCUGUAGGUGAUGGUUACAGCAGUUCUGACUCCUUCACAUCUGACCAGGAGCCAGUUGCAAGACAAAGGUCUCAGUCCGGCGCAUCUCCGGAAGCUCUAAAAGUGGUGGCUCCCCCUCCCCCUCCGCCCCGCCCUCACGCAUCACACUCCCGCUCCUCAUCGCUGGACAUGAACCGCAACUUCGCCGCCACCUCAGCCACAGGACAGCCCGCCGCUAUAGCUUUCCCACCCGCAGUGCCUCCUCGACCGCUUCCCACACAGUCAUCAGUACCACACACGGGACAGCGCGCUGAGGCUGAGGGUGCGCCGGGAGCGGGGGCCGCGCUCAGCGCCACAUCUCCCCAGCAGAUCCCACAGCAACCUAAUUUCGCAGACUUCAGUCAUUUUCAGGCCUUUGCGGCAUCUGAACAACCUUCCAGCCUGCCGGAAGUUGACAAGCACAGCGAUCCUGGACAGGGGGACAAGUCUUCAGAAGGAGCUGGGCCCUUAAGAACAGUCAAGAGUGACGGCCAGGCUGAUGAAAGAACUACCACCACUGUUAACUCUACCAAGAGUUUGUCUGGCCCUUUAGGACCUCCUCCCAAGCCUAUUCGUCGCAGGUUGAAGUCUGAGGAUGAGUUGCGGCCUGAGGACGAGCAGUACGGCCCUCAAAAGUCAAACAUCAUAGCUGCUGGCUUGGCUAUUCAGCCCUCUAUCCCCAGGUCAGUAGGUAAGGAUAAAAAGGCGAUACAAGCAUCAAUUAGAAGAAAUAAGGAAACAAACACGGUGUUGGCAAGACUAAACAGUGAACUGCAACAACAGCUGAAGGACUUGCUUGAAGAGAGGAUAUCCUUGGAAGUUCAGCUGGAGCAGCUCAGACCUUUCUCUCAUCUUUAACCAACACCGAUGAGGUGGUUGUAGUUUCUCCAAAGCAAGGCUGCGGCUCUUGGUGGGAUGCCACCCCCCACCCUCAACCCCACCCCACAUCUCUUACUUUCCCCUGCCUCCCGUUCACAGCGUGCACCAUGUUUAAGCCCACACUUACUUAUCAGGUGUAUAGCGGAGUGGGCCAGGGAGCAAGCUCAGUGCGGCUGUGAGAGUGCGAGAAGAAAAGAUGGCAUGGGUAAUUCUUCAAUGUGGCACUUUUCAAUUUUUUCUCAAGAGACCUGUAUCCAUGGCCGACAGCUUAGUGGGGAAGUAGUGUUGGACUUUUGGCUGUAGCUACGAGUUCUGUCUGAAGAGACAUCUGCUGGUGAAUGAAUGUGUGUGUGAGUGUGUCUGUUUUUGUUAAAUGUCUGGAGAAAAGUACCAGUGUUGUCAACACACCAAUCUAAGGUUUAAAGAGUUUGUUAGCCAAAUCUUAAAAGGGAGUUACACAUUGAACUUCUGUAAAUAAAUACUACUGAAAACAGAUAUUCAAUGUUUUCAACAAAACAACAACGAUCACAAUCAAUUAAAAAUUCAACAUUUCCUGCUUUUACCACUAAGGAGCCACUGAAAAUCUAACGUUUUCUGACUUGUUUGGUGUGGUUUCUGGGAAAGAGACAUGUUUGGGGUUGUUUUUGAAGUGCGCGAUGCCCACAUGAAGUCUCUCCACCUCUCGUGCGCUGUGAGUUCAGCCGUCCUCGCUCAUUACUGCCCCCUCUGAUGUGCGUUUGUGCGCCUUGAUUUGAAUGGGUUCCGAUUUAUGCCAAAUGACUGAACUAUCACUGCUCUCGCACCUCGGUUUAGUCUGUUCUUCAUACUUAUUUCCAUCAUAUCCGGUUCGCCAUUUUUUUUUUUUUCAAGCCCCUUUUGAGAGCAGCUUUAUUUUUCCAAUUUCCUUUUACGUAAAGGGAGCUUUUAACUUUAUUCCAGCCACAGGAGGCGGCAUUUAUGAAGGACUCUGGAUGAUGAGUUUUCCUGUUAUUUCCCGUGUGGAACAGAUCCAGAGUUGAUAUUUCGAAUCAUCUGCCGGAUGACGUCGGCACUAUGCAAGUUCGGGGCGAUACAUCUCCACAGCUGUUUGAGCUUAUAAAUAGUAGCAACUGUGUCUUUGUAUCUCGGAUCUUCCAGAACACAGUUUACUGUAUAUGCUCCAAGACUGAAGCAAUUACACAUCAGUGUUUUGCACUGUCAGCCUAGAUCUGUUUAAAAAAAACUAAAAACAAAAAAUAACAAAGAAUAACAAGACUAGAGACCAGUCACCAGUCACCACAACCGAAUGACCCAACUGCACUUUGAACAUAAAACCCUCUGUCUUGUAUGGCUUUUUUUUUUUGUCUUUAAACUGCUAGUCUGUCAGAAGUAUAAAAAAAUAAAUAAAAUAAAGGUCAUCACACAAACCACUUUAGUUGUCGCCUGGAAAAAGUAAGGUUUGUGCCAUCCCAAAAUAGCCUCUCGUUUGGUUGAUUCUUAAGUUUUAUUUCUGUGUCUAAGGCCUUACUCUUAACUCCCCCGCUUGGAGUUCAGGUUUCCAUGGUGACUGACUGACCACCUUGUUGCAUCAAGGCUUGCCUUUUGUUUUUCUCUGUUGUGGAUGAUAAAGUAUUCUGGGUCUGUAUGUGUGAAAGUAUGUUUGUGCGUGUUGGCACACCUGGAACUAAUACCAUUUAAAAUAAAAAAAAUAAAUAAAUCCUGCGACGGAUUAGCGCUUGCCACACGAAUAGCACCCAUCGUCCCAAAUGGCAAUCCAGGCAGAAGCAAUCAGUUGAAAACAACAAAAUCCGUGGUGAGAUUUUGAAUACCAUUUGGUUUCAGAUCUGUGUUGUAAAUUGUAUGUGACACACCCUUUUUGGACUUGUGUACAUUUGGAUUAAUUGCUGACUAACAGCGAAAUAAUAUUAUAUUUAAUUCCUUCUCUCUUUGGCUGUGGGAUCCUAGAUGUUCAAACUGCAUGGAUGUACUAUAUCUCUGCAGUCGACUAGCAGCUGUGUGAUUUUUACAUAAAAAUAAAAACGACAACAUUUUAA